CAUGUCUGUAGCAAGAAGACUUUUACUUUGUCCUCCCCUCGCUCUCCGGCUACUGCCUGAAGGCAGCUCUUUUAGGCCCAGGCUGCCGUGGCCGCUCUGAGGAGGACCGAGAUAAGGGGGAGGGAGGGAACGAAAGGAAGACAGCAGAAAGAGGAGGAGAAAAAGAGGCGGCGGCGGCGGUGGAGAGACUGACUGACUUGCCCGACUGUCCGGUCUGAGAGCUUCUGAACUGGGAACUUUAUCCCACCUGAACCUGAUCGGGGAGGGAAAGAAAUAUCCCCCCAAACAGCAACAACAACCGCCGCCGCCGCCGCCACGCAAGGAUUUACAUUUUACCUGCGAGAUGUCGUCAACAGAUAACACGAAAACCCGACUGAAAAAGCUGGAGGCCAUGAUCAGGGACCCGAGGUCUCCCAUAAACGCGGAAAGUUUGCUGGAUGGCCUCAAUGCCCUGGUUCAAGAUUUGGACUUCCCAGCCCUUAGGAAGAACAAGAACAUUGAAAAUUUCUUAAAUAGGUUUGAAAAAGUAAUGGGAAAAGUUCGAGAAAUGCAAAUGAAAGCAGAGGACUAUGAGGUUGUAAAAGUAAUUGGCCGUGGUGCAUUUGGGGAAGUGCAGCUGGUCCGACACAAAAUAUCUCAGAAGGUGUAUGCAAUGAAGCUUCUAAGUAAGUUUGAAAUGAUCAAGCGAUCUGAUUCAGCCUUUUUCUGGGAGGAAAGGGAUAUCAUGGCCUUUGCAAACAGUUCCUGGGUUGUCCAGUUAUUCUAUGCCUUUCAAGAUGACCGAUACCUCUAUAUGGUAAUGGAGUAUAUGCCUGGCGGUGACCUUGUAAAUCUCAUGAGCAAUUAUGAUGUGCCUGAAAAAUGGGCCAAAUUCUACACAGCUGAAGUGGUGCUUGCCUUGGAUGGCAUUCACUCAAUGGGUUUUAUACACCGAGAUGUGAAGCCUGAUAACAUGUUGCUAGACAAACUUGGACAUUUAAAGUUGGCAGAUUUUGGCACUUGUAUGAAAAUGGAUUCAACUGGGAUGGUUCGAUGUGAUACCGCAGUUGGAACUCCUGAUUACAUCUCUCCUGAGGUAUUGAAAUCGCAGGGAGGAGAUGGCUACUAUGGUCGAGAGUGUGAUUGGUGGUCUGUAGGAGUUUUUCUAUACGAGAUGUUAGUUGGUGAUACGCCAUUUUAUGCAGAUUCUCUCGUGGGAACAUAUAGUAAAAUCAUGGAUCAUAAAAAUUCCUUAAAUUUUCCGGAUGAUGUUGACAUUUCAAAACAUGCCAAAGACCUCAUCUGUGCCUUCUUGACUGACAGGGAGGUGCGGUUGGGGAGGAAUGGAGUAGAAGAAAUCAAACGUCACCCUUUCUUCAAAAAUGAUCAGUGGACAUGGGACAGCAUCCGCGAGACUGCAGCCCCUGUUGUACCUGAAUUGAGCAGCGACAUAGACACAAGUAAUUUUGAUGAUAUUGAAGAUGACAAGGGAGAAGUGGAAACAUUUCCUAUUCCAAAAGCCUUUGCAGGGAACCAACUACCUUUCAUAGGAUUUACUUACUUCAGAGACAGCCAGUUGCUAAGUGAUUUGCCUGAGCCCUACAGUGAAAAUGAGCACACGAUGUCCAGUAAAAUUGAGGAUAGUUUGGAGUCUAAAAAACUACAAAAGAAGCUUCAUCAGAUAGAAGAACAAUUGAAUAACGAAAUGCAAGCCAAAGAUGAAAUGGAACAGAAAUAUAGAGCAACAAACAACCGUCUGGAAAAGAUAUCCAAAGAAUUGGAAGAUGAGGUAACUUCUAGAAAAGAUCUGGAGUCAGCAUUAAGGCUGCUGGAGCGAGAAAAGGCAUUGCUUCAGCACAAGAAUGCGGAUCACAACCGAAAAGCAGAAAUGGAGGCAGAUAAAAAGCGUAUUCUGGAGAAUGAAGUCACGAAUUUGAAAGAACAGCUUGAUGAUUUGAGGAAACGGAAUCAGAAUUCUCAAAUAUCUAAUGAGAAAAUGGCUCAAUUGCAGAGGCAGCUGGAUGAAGCCAAUGCCUUACUGAGGACAGAAACUGAGACAACAGCGAGACUACGAAAGAACCAAACUGAGUUAUCAAAGCAAAUUGGACAGCUGGAGACUAACAAUAGGGAAAUGCAAGACAAAAAUGCUGCGUUGGAUAAUGCCAAGCUCAAGCUUGAAAAGGAAUACAUCAGCUUACAGUCAGCACUUGAAUCAGAGCGAAGAGAUCGUUCACAUGGCUCUGAGAUCAUUAGCGAUUUACAAGGUCGGAUUUCUUGUCUGGGAGAUGAACUGAGAAGUAAUAAGAACAGCCUGGCUAAGACUGAAAUGGAUAAACGGCAGCUGUAUGAUAAACUAACUGAUUUGGAAAAGGAAAAGAACAACAUGGAAAUAGACAUGACUUACAAGCUGAAAGUAUUACAACAGAGUCUGGAGCAAGAAGAAGCAGAGCAUAAGGCUACUAAAGCACGGCUAGCAGAUAAAAACAAGAUCUAUGAGUCUAUAGAGGAGGCAAAAUCUGAGGCUAUGAAAGAAAUGGAAAAGAAGCUUCAGGAAGAGAGAGCUUCAAAGCAAAAGGUUGAAAACAAUUUACUGGAGGUUGAAAAACAAUGUUCAAUGUUAGACUGUGAUAAGAAGCAGGCACAGCAGAAAAUAGAAGAACUGAUGAGAGAAAAGGAGAAAUUGACUGAGGAGGUGAAAAACUUGUCACUGAAGAUAGAACAGGAGACACAAAAACGUAGUCUAACCCACAAUGACCUGAAGAUGCAGACGCAACAAGUCAACUCACUGAAAAUGUCAGAGAAGCAGCUGAAGCAAGAGAUAAAUCACUUGCUAGAGACUAGACUCAGUCUGGAGAAACAGAUAGGAGAGCUCCGGAAAGAGCGCCUGGAUGCUGAUGGUCAGAUGAAAGAACUUCAGGAUCAGCUCGAAGCUGAACAGUAUUUUUCAACUUUGUACAAGACUCAAGUACGGGAACUGAAAGAGGAAUGUGAGGAGAAAAAUAAGCUGUGCAAAGAUUUGCAGCAAAAAAUGCAGGAGCUGCAGGAUGAGAGGGAUUCUUUGGCAGCGCAGCUUGAAAUCACGUUAACCAAGGCAGAUUCCGAGCAACUUGCUCGAUCUAUUGCAGAGGAACAGUACUCUGACCUGGAGAAAGAAAAAAUUAUGAAAGAGCUAGAGAUUAAGGAGAUGAUGGCGAGGCAUAAACAGGAACUGGCUGAAAAGGAUACUACAAUUGCGUCUUUGGAGGAGACGAACCGAACACUAACGGCUGAUGUAGCAAAUCUUGCAAAUGAGAAGGAGGACCUGAAUAACAAAGUGAAGGAGCUUCAGGAGCAUAUUCAGAAACUGAAGGAAGAAGAAUUGAAUACAGGAAGCAUCAAAACACAAUUUGAGAAGCAGCUACUGAGUGAAAGGACACUGAAAACACAGGCGGUGAAUAAGCUAGCUGAGAUUAUGAAUCGUAAGGACAUGAGGAGGGACCAUAGCAGACGCGGAACUGACACAGAUGUUCGGAAAAAAGAGAAAGAGAACCGAAAAUUGCAACUGGAACUAAAGUCCGAGCGAGAGAAGUUAACCCAAAUGUUGAUAAAAUACCAGAGGGAACUCAACGAAAUGCAGGCGCAAAUUGCAGAUGAAAGCCAAGUCCGGGUUGAGCUGCAGAUGGCACUCGACAGUAAAGACAGCGACAUUGAACAACUUCGUUCACAACUGCAGAUAAUACAUGCAGGACUGGACACUACCAGUAUUGGCAGUGGGCCUGGUGAUGCAGAAGCAGAUGAUGGCUUUCCUGUUCGUAUUACUCAUUCCCACACCACGGAGUCCAUGUCUUUUAGCUACAAACGUUCUUCCACCUCUAUCAGCAUUGCUACUAAGCCCUCUUGUUCUCACUUCCACAACUCUGAUUCUGGGUCUGACUCGGGUGAAGACACUGAGACCUUUGUUCAUGCCGAGCCUGACUCUGAGCCUGAACCUGAACCUGAUUCCACAGAAUCUAGAUUGGAGGGUUGGCUUUCCUUACCCAUGAGAAACAACACAAAGAAAUUCUUAUGGCGAAAACAGUAUGUAGUUGUGAGCAGUAAGAAGAUCUUGUUUUAUGACAGUGAACAGGACAAAGAGUUGUCUAACCCUUCUAUGGUGUUAGAUAUAGACAAACUUUUCCAUGUUCGGCCAGUUACACAGGGUGAUGUAUACAGAGCGGAUGCCAAAGAGAUUCCCAGGAUUUUUCAGAUCCUGUAUGCUAAUGAGGGGGAGAGUAGAAAGGAGCAGGAGUUUAAUGUGGAACCUCCUGCCUUGGGAGAGAAAUCGAGCUACAUUCCUCACAAAGGCCAUGAAUUUAUCCCAACACUGUAUCACUUCCCAACCAAUUGUGAGGCGUGUACCAAGCCCCUGUGGCACAUGUUUAAACCCCCACCAGCACUAGAGUGUCGCCGCUGCCAUAUCAAAUGUCACAAAGAUCACAUGGAUAGAAAAGAGGAUCUUAUAGCGCCCUGUAAGGUGAACUACGAUGUUUCAUCGGCAAAAGACCUGUUGUUGUUAGCUAAUUCAACAGAAGAACAGCAGAAGUGGGUGAGUCGAUUGGUAAAAAAGAUUCCAAAGAAACCACCAGCACAUGAUCCCAACUUCCACAGAUCCUCUCCCAGAUCUUCCAUGCGAGUUCCACCUAAUCAAUCCAUGAGGCGACCGAGCCGACAGCUUCCUUCAACCAAGCCAAGAUUGCUUGAUAUGACCUUUAAAGACUGGGACUGGUCAUUUGAUGAUGAUGAUGAUGAUGUUUUUGAUUUUUGAAGAACUUGAUUUACAUGAAUGGCUAACCGUCUCCAGAGGAAUGCAGUCACGUUGUUCAAGGUGAAGAGUUUCCUUCCUAAACAAAAAAACUGUAAAAUACUUUUGGCAUAUCCAAACGAAGAUGCACAAAGCGCUACAAUUUAUUUUACAUAAGAAAGAGCUAAACAUGACUGUCUACAUAUCAAAUUAUCACAAUGGUUUACAGCACUUUGCAACAAUGUAGAAUACUAAGCCUGGGAGCGAUAUUGCUUUAUACUGUAUGCCUGAACUACACAAAGCUCUCUUGGAUCAUGAUAUUACUUGGCAACCAAGUGAAAUAAACACUAGAAGGAAGGGUUGGGAACCGAUGAUGGGGAAAACACGCCAUUCAACACUGCAUUGUUGCAAAGAAGAAUGAAGAAUUUUUUGCAGUGGUUUCAUCAGUUCUAUGAAAAUAAAUAACCAAAAGUAGCAGAUAGUUGCGUAAAAUUCUGCUAUGUUUUUAAAGCCCAAGAGAGCUUUGACAUUUCAGUGCAUCUAUCAUACUCUCAAUUUUAUGCAGAAUAGUGAUUAGUCUGAAGAAGCUUUCAGGUGUUUUGGCACAAAAUGCAUCAUAUGGUAUGUUUAAAGAACACGCCUUUGCUAUCACAGUUGCAUCUAUGCACUUGUAUAAAGCCAUAGAGUUUAACAGAUUUGCUUAUGAGUGUAUUAUAGGAAGCUGCAUCUGAAAGGAAUGUGGGAAUCUGCAGCCCUUCAGAUUGAGGAGAUUUUGGAGAAUGUUAUCAGUCACAAGUACACACUUUAUAAUGGGCAAUAUUUGAUCUUCAUGUCAUAUAAAUACCGCCUUAAUUUAACACUUUUCCUGAAUGUUUGCCCAUUCUGUUAAAUUUAAGUUUACUGAUGACUGUUGUAAUGAAAAUUAAAUGAAAGUUUAUUGUUAAGAAAAAUAGUGCACUAUUUUUACACAUAACCAUUUGCAUCUGCAUUGGCCAAUUUUGAAUGUGUUUCUUUGAAAUUAUUGAAGAAAAUAUCGCAAGUGCGGAGACUUUAAAAAAUCUAGAUAAUGUACAACUGUUGUUACCCAAUACAAACUGAAAAAUAUAUUAAGCAAUGACAGUAUUGGCCCCCAUUCAAUUAUAUUUAAUACUGUAAUGGCAAAUUUAUUGAAUUUGUAAUCCUUUAGCCUCACUAAGUGCUAUGAACCUUAUUUGCCUUGGUUUGUGUACCAAUCUAGAUGUUUUAUUUUCAUUAUUUCUAAAAGAGCAUCUGUGUCUGUUAUUUUUACUACAUUCUCACAGCACAUAUAUAAAGAUUUUCACAAACUCUAAGAUGAUUUAACUAAAGUCAUACUGUAGAUGUAUUUUAAAGUUUGUUGUAAGAGUUCUCUAACACUGUAGCUGUAGUGUAGACUCUAGAGCAAUUGCAAUAGUGUGUCAUGGGGACUCUGAUGUGUAGCUGGAAAGCUGAGGCCUUGCAUAUGGGGGGACUCAUACAGAUAUAUUAUUUUACAUGCCAUCUUACAAAAAUACAUAAUUUAUAUUGGCUUGGCCAUUUUGUAUUUAUAAAGGCUAUCAUCUUGAAAUGCAUGUUUUAUACAACUACAGUAUGCUAAAGAUAAUGUAAAACAUAUUUGACAAUAAAACCAUUAUGUAGCCUUCCAA